GCCAGGCACAGGCACAAGCACACUCGCGGGCACACGCGGGCACACGCGGGCACAUAUACGCGCAAAAUCGUCAGGGGAAAAAAUCACACUAUCGAUCGCUUGCACCACCAUAUUGGGGGCAGAUGGAGAGAUGGCGCAUCGUCCAGCGGCCGCUAACCAAAUCCACAUCACCGCAGACCAACAAGCUGCCGCCCUGAGGUGUCGCGCCGCACACCGUCCUGCAAGUGCUGGGAAGUCUUUAGCGCUCUGCCGUCUUCCUCAUCGCCUGUUCACCUGACGAGCUUUCCCGACGGCAAGACAAUACUCUCAUGUUGUCGGCAAACGGCGUCUAUGGAGUCCAGUUCUGUACGACUGCUCGAGUCCAGAGUGCUCACCCAACUCCCCGCCCCCUCCAUCACUUCAUAACCGUAAUCCUCGGGAACCUGCGCAGGCCUAUUAUUGGCCGCCUCGAUCCGACAUCACCACACCCUCUGCCGACGCCGACACCCAUCUCGAACCGUGGUCGAGCAGAUGGGCGGCAGGACGACGGGCCCGUCUCCGGCUUGGGACGCCGCUCUCUACUCUAUCUGGCUGCGUUUGCCAGAUGCCUGCUACGCCGUACCUCUUACUGUGUAUCUUUCCCCAUACUUUUGGGAUACUUUCUUAUGAGCCCUGCGAGCUGCAGGUGACUCCAGACCAUCACCUUACCAUUCCAGACCAUCCUGUUCCUGCAGCUGCAGAUGGCCCCCCCGCCCCCUGCUCGAGUGAAUGGUGGAGAUGGGAUCGGCGUCUUCUGCGAGAUAUAUCACCUUGCUCUCCCAUCUUGACUUUAGAACCAGUUUCUUUCUCGUUGAGCUUAUUCCGACUUUUUGUGUGUGCAAUUGUUUCGUUUGUGUUCUUGGCUUGUCUGGGCGAUAUCUAAUACCCAUCUCUCGAGAUAUCAACUCUCUAUUCUACUAUCUUUAACCUAAUUACACUUUGCAAGGCUCUGGAGUCUUUGCUCUGCUCUACUUCAACUACACUCCUUAAUCCCUGUCAACCCGGCCGCAGCUCACAAUGGCCGCUCGAUCCGCCCUCCUUCUCCUCACCACAAUCGUACCGGCCUGUGUAUCAGCACUCCAAGUUACGCCCAACUCGCCAUGUGCAUCCUUCUGUCUGGACUCCGACGGCCUCGAUGCCUCGGACCCCAACUCGUCCAACACCAAGGGAAAGGACAUUACUUGUGUAGAUGACGAUUACAAGACAGGGGCCGCCGGACAGAAAUAUCAGCAGUGUUUGAGCUGUCUUCAGGACAGCACCUUUGUUCAGGGCAGUGAGAACGAUCAAGACUGGUUUCUGUACAACAUGAGGUACUCUUUCGACUACUGCAUCUUUGGGUACCCCAAUGCCACCGGCGUAGGCUCCAACCCCUGCCAGACGUCCACGGCGUGUGGCGCGUUAGAGGCUGCUCUCACAGACGGCGAAUUGGACCCAACAAAAUCAUCACAGUACGCAUAUUGCGAUGCGGAUGGCGGUGCCAUGCUAGGCUCAGCCUACGACAAGUGCCUGUCGUGUGUAAGAGCGGGUGGUGAACACUACUAUCUCUCAAACUAUCUCGUUGCCCUCGGAGCAGGCUGCCAGCAGAGACCAAACCCAGGCACACUAGUCGGUCUCAACGACACCGUCUUCACAAAGGGCAUCAUCACCGUCGUCGACCCGAAGGAUGCAGCAGAUGCCGACAAAGCUAAAACUCCCACCCUUCCCAUGACGGCCAUCGUGGGCAUCGUCAUAGGCGCCAUCGUGGCACUCCUCCUGGCUGCCGGCUGCACCUUCAUCCAGUGCCGCAAGCGCAGGGCGCGCAGACAAGGCCGCGGCAUCAACCCGGAGCUCUCUCGUCGCGCAAAGGGCCACCGCCCAGCCUCAUCUCUCUCCUUCCGCUGCCAGACGCAUCUCACGCCAAAGGAACCAAACUUCUUCUCCGUCGAGGAGGAAGAGGCGCAAAACGAAAAGCAUUACUACGAGUCCAUGCAUCAGCAACAGCAACAGCAAGACAUGGCCCCUAGUCCCGUAUCCAAACCCAGCCUCUGGAUGCCACACAACUCCAUCACCUCUUUCACAGCCGCAGACCACAUCCCCUACACCGACAAGAAGCCCUCGCAAAAGGAACCCUUCACCCUCGCAAACAUCACCACAAGCCUCCCCAUCAUCCCCGUAAAAGCACACUCCCCGAAAUACAACAUGGCCUCCCCGCAAGACGAGUACGCCACCCCAACAUCAACAACCUCCGCCGCGCCCCUCCUAUCCUUUAGACCCUACGUCCCCUCAGAACACGGCUAUUCUACCCCGUCAAUGGGCAAUGCGACGACCUUUAGUCCGUCCACCACCUACGCCUCCCCGACCUCCGGCACGACGGCGAGCCCCUUGCUAAGCCAGGCCGGCUGGCCCGCGCCUGCGCCCGCGCAUAAUCGGCACAUCCACACCGAGUCCUCACCGCCGGCCCCGUUGGUAUCGGACGCGUCCAAGACCAUCCCCGGUAUCGUGCGGGACCUGGCGCGGCCGUUGCCGAAGAGGGUUACCUCGUUGGGAGGCAGCCCCGUAGAGAGCUACAAGAUCCAGGUGGCGUUCCCGCCGCCGCCUCCGCAUAAGAAGAGAUAGUUGUCGUAUUUUUAAGCUGUCCAAGGGAUUCCCCUUAUGAUCUCAUUUGUUUAAAAUCACAGUCGGUAGCGAGUGGCGUUUAGGAGUACAUCUACAAGAUGACGGAGUAAGAGGACACCGGAGCACACGAGGUUCAUCAUACCCAAUACCAGACAAUAAUACCAAUCCCACACAUACAUCUCUC